AAUCACCAUGACUACCACACAAGAUUCGACGACGAAAGAACAACCAUGGCAUGCGUCAUUCCCCGCUCCGAGAACCACCGAACCUCAAGUCGUCAAGAGGGAAGACUUGUUGGCCAUGUUCAAGUCUGGAAACAGGAGAGCAGGAAGGGAUUUCUUGUUGGUGGAUGUAAGGAGGAAUGAUCAUGAAGGUGGCACAAUUCACUCAUCACUCAACCUACCAGCUCAAUCUUUAUACCACAGUUUACCAACUCUUUACACCCUCGCCACUUCGACCGGUGUACCUCUGGUGAUAUUUUAUUGUGGAUCUUGUGGUGGGAGGGGACCUCGUGCUGCGGGUUGGUUUGCAGAUUAUAUUGAAGACCAGACCGCGACAAAACCAAGUGAUACGUCUUCCACGGUACAAAGUGCAAUUCUACAAGGUGGUGUUAAAGGAUGGGUGGCAGGUGGUGAAGAAUAUAUCAAAUAUAUGGAUGGAUUCGAAAAGGGUGUAUGGGAAAAGACAACGACGACAUAACUUGAUUACCCU